AUGGCGUCUUUUCUAACCCUCGCGCUGCUGGCCAGCACAUCCAUCGCCGCACCAGCAACAGGCAACAUCUUCGCUAGCACGAAUUGGCCUCAACCUCACGUUGUUACUGGUGAGGAUGAUUCAGCUCACCCAAAUGACGCGACGCAAGGCUGGGGUGGUAUUCACGUUCACGACCCGAGCAUAGUCCUCGGACCAGAUGGCCACUACUUCUCAUUCUCAACUCACGGCUUAACAGCCAUAUCUCGAGCUUCAAAGGCAGGAAGUCUCGAUGGCGACUGGAAGAUCUUGGGAAGUGUGCUCAAAGGCAAGAGUGUUAUCAGUAAUAGCGGUAAUGCCGACCCUUGGGCACCAGACGUCCAUAAAGUAGGUUCAACCUACUACAACUUCUACUCUGUCUCCCAGUUUGGCAGCCAAGUCUCUUCCAUCGGCCUUGCGACCUCCACAACCCUGCUCCCAGGAAGCUGGACUGACCAUGGGGCCAUCCUGUCCUCGAGCCCGACUGCUGCCUACCCGCUCAACACCUCCAACGCCAUCGAUGCGGCGCUAUUCGUGGAUCCCAAAACGGACAUACCUUAUCUCAACUACGGCAGUUUCUGGUCCGACAUCUUCCAGGUCCAGCUCUCGUCUAAUCUUAUGAAGGCGAACCUCAAGACCGCCGUUGGGCUGUCAUUCGAUCCUGUUGGUACGCAGGCAGAGGAGGGGAGCUACAUGAGUUACAGUGGUGGCUACUACUACCUCUGGUAUAGCCAUGGUAUCUGCUGCGGCUAUGAUCCGUCCGCUCUGCCUGCCAAGGGUACAGAAUACUCCAUUCGUGUCGGCAGGUCGAAGGCAGCCACUGGGCCCUUCGUGGACAGCAAUGGCGUCGACCUGAGGAAAGGCGGCGGUAACAUUGUCUACGGGAGUCAUGGCAAUAUCUACGGUCCUGGCGGGCAAGGCAUCUUGUCUGGAUAUAAUGGCAGGGAUGUGCUGUACUUCCACUACGUCAACACGACCAGCGAUCCAAAGUACGCGGACAACCUCAAGUUACUCGGCUGGGAUUACAUCAAUUACAGCUCAGGUUGGCCAGUACUGUCUUACGACUAG